AUGACCAUAGUACUUUUCUUGGUAGAUACCAGUGCUUCGAUGGCUCAGAAAACCUAUCAAGGGACGUCGUUACUUGAUACAGCUCGUACAGCUGUUGAGUUGUUUAUCAAGCAGCGGCUACGUGAUGCUAGUGCCAGGGGCGAUCGGUAUAUGUUGAUGUCAUUUGAGGAUUUCCCGUUGAAUGUGAAGGCUGGAUGGCGCGAAGGGCAGGUCAUAUUUCAAGAACAGUUAAAACUUUUAAAGCCCAAGGGAUUAACAACAUUUGGAGCAGCGCUUGGAUCUGCUUUCCGAUUCGUUAAUGUUAACCGGUUACAAACUGGUAUCGAUAAUUAUGGUUGUGGAAGAUAUCCCUUCUACAUGGAACCUGUGGUUGUUGUAAGUAUCACUGAUGGUAAUUCUCUCACAUGUCCUGUAUCUGGCGUUGUUGGCGAGAUAAAAUUGUCGAAACCGACAGCUAUGGGUAAUGAAUUGACAGAAGAACCAUUCCGAUGGGAUCAUCGGUUAUUCACUCUUGUUUUGCGGUUAUCAGGAGGAGUUCCUAGACUAAAAGUCACUCCGGGAAUGCCGUUGCCUGUAGACGCUAGUCCAAUUAAUGCCAUGUGCUUGGCGACUGGAGGGCGUUCCUACAGUGUUACUUCGCACAAACUUUUACCUCUUUGUAUAGAGUCUAUAGUGCAAAAGAUCCAGCAGUCAGGGGUGCUAGUACGCUUUGAAAAAGUUGGGCCAGACCCUUUACCGGUUGUGAACGAUAAAGUGAAUGGUGUUUUGGAAGGCAGUAACGGGAAAGCUGCUGAAGGUGAGAACGGCAAACAGUUUCCCGUUGAUGAUGGAUGGCGUAAUUUGCUGACUACUAUUUAUUCGCGAGCAACUCGAGCAUAUCCAGGUCAUUGGCCCAUACCUGAAGCGUUUUGGCCUAGUAGAGAAAUGGGAACGCUCCCACCUAGAAAAGCACAUCCUGUGGUCUCUUUCCGCUGCGAGUCGAGUGAACCUCUAGUUUGUCAAGAUUUCCCGUUCGAUAAGUACGAGUUGGAGCCUUCUCCCUUGACACAGUUCAUCUUAGAGCGAAAGCAGUCUAACGUCUGUUGGCAGGUUUUUGUGUCAAAUUCAAACGCUCAUGGGCCAGUUUCGGCACCCUUUGGUUAUUUGAAGGCAUCAACAAAUUUACUUUCAGUAAAUUUUUUUAUAAUGCCUUAUAAUUAUCCAGUUUUGCUGCCUUUGGUUGAUGAACUCAAACAAGAUCCCAAAGCGCGAACUGAUCAGUCGUGGAGAAUGAGGCUGGAAAAGUAUCUCCGAUCUGUCCCAAAUUACUAUAUGCAGCCGCUAAAAAAAGCAUUUGCACGACUGGGUGUUACUCACCCCCUGUUGGAGCCUGAUCAAGGCCAGCAGUAUUCUUAUAAUAUUCUUAAAUACCUUGCCAAAAUAAAGCAUGUCGCGCGAGAAGAAUUCGAUGCACAAUGUGCGUCUAUUGGAAGUGCUCUUCAGCAUUCAAUUCCCCCACCAGUUAUGCAGGUCGUCGUACUUAAUCAGUCACUUCGAAGAGUUACUUUAAAGCCAAGAGAGACAUUGUAUCAUUUGUCAUCAAAAAGAAAGUAUAGGAAGAUGGUAUCUGCAGAGUAUUUCAAAGGUUAUCAGAUUCAAAUUGGGAGAAGAAAGGUGAGAGCAGCGCCAUCUUUACAGUUCCGUAAUCCUUUUGAAAUAAAAAGAGAACAGUUAGUUGUCCAGCUUGGAAAAAUGAGUACAAAUUUGUUGCUCAAUUUGGAUGAGAAGCGGGUACCUGUAUUAGAAGGUGGUCUUCCUGGCACAGUGAUCAACUUACAGAAUGCUGAAGACUUACACAGUUUGCCUGUGGGCCAAAUGGGGAAUUAUCAGGAUUAUGUAAAAGGACUUGAAGCCAUCGGCAGAGGCCCUUUACGUGAGGUGGAACCUCAGGCUAUCAGAGUGCAUGCUUUUGGGAAUCCCUUCAAGAUUGAUAAGAAAAGUAUCGCUGUGGACGAGGUAGGUGACGGUAAUAUCUUGGCUGGUAAUGCUUUGAAAUCAGAUGGGCUCCGGAAAAGGACGCUGUCGACUGCAAGUUUGGAGUCUAAUCGACCUCCUCGAAGGAAGCCUGGCCCGCUUGCGUCUGACUCUUUGAUGCAAUGGAGAAAGCGGAGAAGAGAAUGGUCCACUUCUUCGAAUUCUUCUUUUGUUUCUUCUGCAUCAGAUCUCGGCUCCCUCUCUUCUUUGGAGGAUGACGUUGUCACUGACGAGGGUCAUAUACUUGAGGUGUGCAUCAAAGCUCGUACUAAGUCAUCAGGAGAGUUCGGUCAGCCAUCUGCUUCCACUUCUUCAAAUUUCUCUGGUGCUUUGACAAAUGGGUUUUCUUUCGUGGAGUCUUCCGAAGAAUUUACGGGUAAUCGUUCGUCAAACUCUGCACCGCCUUCAAAGAGGUUUAAAGUUUCAAAUGGCAGAAGGCCACUGGACGAAGGUGCUUUACGGUCGCGGAAAUUGUUAUUAGGGUCUCUCGUAAGAAAACAGCUCUCUGGUUAG